UAGUAUAAAAGCAAUAUACACGACUUAUUUCAAAAUUAGUUUUGAAAUUAGAACAAAACUAGAAUCAUAAUGAGGGCUUUCGUUGCUGUUUUGGCUGUUGCCAGCCUUUUGGCCACAGCUAAUGCUGGCUUAUUGGGAUUAUUAGGUGGCCUUAAAGGAGGUGGUGGUGGCGGCUACGGUGGUGGCGGCAGUGGCGGUUAUGCCAGCAGCUAUGGUUAUGGCGGCCACGGUGGUGGUGGUGGCGGCUACGGUGGUGGUGGUGGCGGUUACGGUGGUGGCGGCUACGGAGGUGGCGGCUACGGUGGUGGCGGCCAUGGCGGUGGUGGUCAUGUCGAUGUUUACAAAAUUAUAACUACUACUUCCCACGGUGGUGGCGGCUACGGCGGUGGCGGUCAUGGAGGCUACAGCGGUGGCGGUCAUGGAGGCUACGGCGGUGGCGGCUACGGUGGUGGCGGCUAUGGCGGUGGUGGUUAUGGUGGCGGCCAUAGCGGUGGUGGAUAUAGUGGUGGCCAUGGAGGCUACGGCGGUGGCGGUUACGGAGGUGGCGGCCAUGGUGGUCAUGUUGAUGUUUACAAAGUCAUCACAACUUCUGGUGGUGGUGGCGGCUAUGGCGGUGGCAGCUACGGCAGUGGCGGCUACGGCGGUGGCGGUCAUGGUGGCUGGAGUGGUGGUGGCGGCCACGGCGGCUGGUAAACACUUCUAGUUAAACUAGUUUUAGUAGAUUUAAAAUAAGACAGACGAUAAUUAAAACCAAUAAAGCUAAAUCAUUAUCUAAUUAACAUAAAAA